UGAGCGUUCAUUGAUAUUAAACACAUAGUAAUCACGGACUGUGACGAGUGGACAAUGGAUAUGGCUACCAGUUCGCUUAUACAGGAGGAUGAAACGAGGCUGGAAACAGAGGAAAGUGAUUUAGAACUUCGGCGACCUUUUAACAGAGACAUGGAAGACAGUGAAGACGAAUCUCCAGCUGAGGAGGAAAAAUUAAAUAGCAAUACGGAAAGUAUAAUGAACUUUCUCAGAAGCAAUAUAGGACCCGGCUUACUUGGAAUGCCGUACGCAAUAUCUAACGCAGGGAUACUGGUUGGGACGGUCACUGUAAUGGUUCUUGGUAUUAUAUGUACCCACUGUAUGCACCUUCUGGCAGGAGCGGCACAGGAUAUAUGUCAGAGGUCGCGAGGUAUUUCGGAGGUGAAUUACGCUGAAGCUGUGGAGAUGUCAUUUCAAGAUGGACCCGAGCCUCUCAGGCGGUUUUCCAAGGCAUCAAAGUAG